AUGGCAGCCCAACCAGAAACCCUUAAAUUUAGUCAACAAUGGAUAAGGGAUUUAUCAGAUGGUGCAUUUAAUUCUAGGAGACAUUCAAGUCGGAGUCCAACCGAAGAUGUCAUUUCGAGCAGGUGUCCUGUGUCGUCGUCAAACUGUAUGCAAAAACACUCGUCUAAAAGCAUAGAUGUUUCUAGCUUGGCUCGUGGGGAUAGAAAGCAAGAUUUGGUUUCAGAUAAUGUCGGACAGCCCGUAUGGUCCGGAGAGUCUGUGCGUUCUACUGAGUCGGGAUGCGAUGCAGAUAGGCAAGGACAGUCUUCUGGAGAGCCAUCGAAACGCUACUCACAAUGCAUGUCAUCUAAUUCAGUGUAUGCUCGAAAUCGCGAUGCAAACCAAACUGUUAAUUCUACCAGUCAAUGUGAUGAUGUCAGCAAGCACACGGUACAGUGGAGCAAUAAGUCAACUUUAAUUCCCCCUGAACCGUGUUGGCACAUUCACUCGGAUUCGACAGAUGUUAUGCUGCCCAGCAAAACAGGGGAUCCUAUGCGUUUGGGUACAUCAGCUCAUUCUGUUUCCUCACCAAGUACAGGAUCUUCUGAAGUGCCUUAUGUGGGGUCUUCUAUUCUUUCUGGGAACCCAUCAGUUGUAAACAAUCCUACGUUGAACAUAACCCCUAACCCACUUAAUGAUGGUAUGGCAGCUUCACAGUCAUAUGGCAAUAAUAAUACUGAUCCAUAUGGCCAAGGUAAACGGGCUGUUAGCGCUUAUUAUGGAGUCAAGGAUCCGGAAAAGAUCUUGGACUCCAGUAUGAAUCCAAAUACAAUUUGGAUGCAACAGCAUAUUUGGUCAAAAUCAGUCCCGCAGCAUUUACAUGGUCUUAAUCCUACUGAUUCUGUAUCUAACUCAGUAUCGAAUUUUUGUGGAGUUUCCACCACAGAAACAAGUCGGCAUACAAGCUCAAGUGUUCCCGAUGUCGACAACAUACACAAUUUCUUCCCAAGACUACCUGCAUUUGAUAGAGUUGUUCAGUCGAAUUCAAAUCAUCCGUAUUCACUGCCAUCCAAUACAGUCCAGAAUCCAUCAAACAUAAUGGAUGAUGAAAGAGGUUUCAUGAGACCUGAUGGAUCAGAUCACCCAGAUGAACAUAUGUGGUUAUAUGAAGAUCCCCAAGGUCGAACACAAGGUAGUUUUAGUGAUGCUCAGAUGAAUGAAUGGCUUAUGGCUGGGAUUUACUUUACUCCAACUCUUCGUAUACGACGUAAAUGUGAUGACACAUUUUCUACUCUAGCUAGUUAUACCCAACUAUUUGAACGUGUUCCUUUUGUUCCUGGCCCUCGAAUACCUCCCAUCCAAGGAGGAAUUAAUCAGGCUAUGCUAUCAUUUUCUAAUUCUUCUUGUUUGAAUAAAAUCAAUGUCAAAAGCUCAGAAAAUGCUCCCGUAGAUUUGACAUCGUGCGGUAAUUCUAAUAGUCACGAUCAUUGUGAAGGUAAUCUAGUGAAUCCAGGUAUCAUUGGGACUAAUUCAGUAUUGUUAUCAGAAUCACAGCGCCAGUUAUAUCAACAUCUUACAGAUUUCCAGACAACUGCUUCUAAUAUCACAACCAAUGCUAGUGGAACAUCGCUUUCUUCAAGUCAGAUUAGUGAAGAGAGUUUGCACAAUAUGAAACUCAGAAAUCCUCUGUAUGGUGUAAGUAAUACAUCUGCUCCAGUUAGUACACCAAUCUCCUUGUUAAACAAUUCGAUCAGUAAUUUGAGACUUGGUGAUUCCACGGAAGCUGACUUUAAAUCUGUAUUAGACAACUCUCAUAAUCUACAGCAGCAAAGGCAGCCGGUGACUUCAGCCUCGAAUUUCAUGAACUUAUCUUCUUUAGCGUCAUUGAACCAGUCUUUCCCAUCUUUUAAUUUUCAAUUACCUGUUAGACCUCAGGCUGAAAAUGGGACUACUAUCGAUGGUCUCACCGCAACAGCUAACUCAUUUCUGUCCCUGGUUUCUGGUCCAUUUUAA